CACCUUUGGGAGCUCCUGCUGUUCUGCUGCAGAGGCACUGACGUUGUUAGGUGCUUUGUCAUCCUGUGAUCUGGUCCCAGAGGCACGCGUAGGGGCCCGGGAUACUAUAGAAGUGAGGAGAUGGAGCGGAUAACGUUUGAUGAUGUGGCCAUUAACUUUUCUCCAGAGGAGUGGGAAUGUCUAGACUCUGCUCAGCGGGACUUAUACAGGGAUGUAAUGGUGGAGAAUUACAGAAACCUGCUGUCUGUGGAGGUAUCCCGUCAUGGUACCAAAGGCUUCUCAUCAAAGAAGGAAAUGAAGCGUUUCUUCCAAGAAGAGUUAAGCAGAAGACUCAGCAAGUGUGGCACUGACAGUUUCCAUCUAAGGCAACAGUGGGAGCGUGAGAGGAAGAGGGAGAGUCAGCAAGUACUGUGCAGUGGACCGUGUGUGACAGCUAACAACAGUACAGAGAAAAGUGUCUCUGCCAACAGAGAUCAAGGACAGAAAAUAUCUCAGAAAAGGUCUCAGGUGGUGGCAGUGACUCACAAAGAGCCCCACAUUUCAGUAAGCAAACAUUCCCAGCCACGUUUGAAACUUACCUUUCCUCCGAAAGGGACGCAGCAACAUCUGAAAGGGGGCCAGUGCCACGACACGACCAGUAAGGUGAUCGAUUUAAAAAGGAGCACUGCAUUGAACUCUUCCUCAAAUAUUUCUGUAGCUAGAUUAGAAUAUAAACACAUUUCUAAAUGUGAUCAGUUAGAGAGCUCUUUUACAAAAAAGCCAUCAUUUUGUCGUAAACAAACAACUCCUCGUGUCAAACUACACAGUGUCAAUGAAUGUGGACCAAGGCUUUCUCAUCUCUCACUGUUAAAUAAAAAAAAAGGCACAACGAUUCGGGAAGCAGAGAGGGGAGCAGAGAGCGUGAGUAUUGAGACUUCCCAGACUGUUAGCCAGAGCUGUAUCCUGAGUAACUCCCAGGAUUCCUCUCCUGGAGAGAAAACUUACGAAAGUACUGAGACACACAAAAACUUCAGCCGUGGUUCAGACCAUGGUAAGCGUGUUUCUUCUCCAGAGAAUGUUUGUAGAGGGAACAAAUGUGGGGAUGUCAUUCAUCAGAGCUUAAAAGAUCUCCAGAGUUCCCACCUUCAAGAUGAGGUUUACAACUGUGAGGAAUGUGUCCUGACUUUUCGUCAAAAAUCAGACCUCCUAGAACACCAGAAAACUCAUAGGAGAGUCAAAGCCUACAAAUGUAGAGAGUGUGGUAAAGCUUUUAGCAGUUGUUCAGGCCUUAAUGUACACCAGAGAAGUCAUGAUGGAGAGAACCUCUUUGAAUGUAAAGAGUGUGGCAAAGCCUUCGCUAGUGGUAGAGCUCUAGCUCGCCACCAAAACACUCAUACAGGAAAGAAAUCUUAUGACUGUGAAGAGUGUGGAAAAACCUUUAAGAAGAGUUCAAACCUCAGACAACAUAUGAGGAUUCACACUGGAGAGAAGCCUUACAAAUGUGAGGACUGUGGCCUAGCUUUUAAGCAAAGCUCCCAUCUUGCUAAACACCAGAGAAUUUAUGCUGGAGAAUGUGGCAGGUCCUUUGUCAAGUGUUCCACCAGCAGACGGUGCCAUAGCGUUCAUCCUGGAGCUAAGCCCCACAAGUGCAAGCAGUGUGGGAAAACCUUUGUUGAUAUUUCAAAGCUUACUCAACACCAAAACGUCCACACUGGCGAGAAACCAUUCAAAUGUAACGAAUGCGGCAAAGCCUUUAACAGUGGGUUAAGCCUGAAACAACAUCGCAUAGUUCACACUGGAGAGAAGCCCUACAAGUGUAAGGAGUGUGAGAAAGCCUUCACAAUGAUUGCAAAGCUUACAGAGCACCAGCGAGUUCAUACUGGAGAGAAGCCCUAUGAGUGCAAGGAGUGUGGCAAAGCCUUUCGCAAUUUUUCAGCGUUCAAUUACCACCAUAGAACCCACACAGGAGAGAAACCCUAUGAGUGCAAGGAAUGUGGCAAAGCUUUUACCAAAAGCUCGGAUCUCAAAAGGCAUCACAGAAUUCACAGUGGAGAGAAACCUUACAAAUGCAACGAGUGUGGCAAAGCCUUUGCCAUGAACGCAAGUCUGAAAGAGCAUCAGAGGGUGCAUUCUAGAGAGAAACCCUACAAAUGUGAUCAGUGCAGCAAAGCCUUUAACCACUGCUCACACCUCACGUUGCACCAGAGAAUUCACACCGGAGAGAAGCCCUACACGUGUGAAGCCUGCGGAAAAGCCUUUUCCAGGUGGUCAGGCCUCAAAUAUCACAACAGAACUCAUACUGGAGAGAAGUGUUCCUAAUGCAAAGACUGUGGCAAGCUGUGUGUGUGUGUGUGUGUGUGUGUGCACAUGUGUGAACACAUGUGUGAACACAUGUAUGAACACAUGUGACUAUGUGUGGAAGUCUGAGGUUAAUACUGAAUUCCUCCAUUGCUCUACCUUCUUGUUUUUUUUAAAGAUUACAUUAAGUGCCGGGCAGUGGUGGCAUACUCCUUUAAUCCCACUCUGCACUC